GGCUGACCCGCGCUCUACCCGUCAGGCAGCGCGCUGGGCGGCCGCCCCCGUCUCCCGCCCUCCCCCGGCGACGGCGGCUGAGGUGGGGCGCCGCGGUUCGGCGAUGUGAGGCGCCUCUGCCAGCGCGGCCGCCUCCCAUCCCCCCGCCAGCCCGGGAGGAAGGGAGUGGGGCGGCCUGCCGCGGCCUCUCGCCGGACGCGCAGCACGCUCCAUUUGCCAUGAUUUCCUAUAGUGUUGAUUUCUACACGUCUUUAAGACUUUCAUUGGAGUUUUGGGCAUCUCAGAUGCAUGGACUACCUUUAAGGAGAUGCAGUCUCAAGAUGGCAGAAUUAUUUAUGGAAUGUGAAGAAGAGGAACUAGAACCGUGGCAAAAGAGAGUGAAAGAGGUGGAGGAGGAUGAUGAUGAUGAUGAGCCAAUCUUCGUUGGAGAAAUCUCAAGCUCAAAGCCAGCUAGUACAUAUAUAUUGAACAGAGUCAACCUCAGCUCAUCACGAAGGGGGAUACAGAAUGGUGCACCCAGUAGAGGUACAGUUACUACAUUCAAGCCUGACAGUCACCAUUAUGCGACACCUGCCUCCAGCCCCAGUGCCAUGCCUGUUUCAUCAGUUUUUCAGUCUGUAUCCAGACCUACAACUAGCUCUGUAGCAGUUCAGCCAUUGUCUAUACCAGUGAACGUUUCAGGAACUUCACAAACACUACAGAGACCAGUUGCUGGAUGUUUGUCAACACAGCAAAUGCCUGGGUCAAGUUCUGGAAUAUCACAGCCUGUUAGCAGACCUGUAACCAUUCCAGUGACAACACAGCCAGUAUCAAGAAAUAUCACAGUUCCUGUAGUGGCUCAACCUGUAUCCAGGCCAGUGACUACUGUAACAGCACAGCCUGUAAUACUCAAUCAGGAUUAUAUUAUGGAUUCUCCACCAGCUGCACCAGAUAAUACAUCUGGUAUACUGUUUGGUGUGAGACAGAACUCGGGAGUUCCACAGUACCAGACUGGGCCAGCAGUGAAUGUAACAGGUCUGAAUGAGAGUGUUUUUGUAUCUAAGCGUCCUGCUACUUCUGAAGGCAACAGUGUAACUCCAAAAAAGGCCAAGCCUAAUGAGAUUGGUGCUGGAAGCAAUUCAGCUGUUUCACCUACAGUUAACUCUCCAGCAGUAACACCAUCACAAAAUAUAUCUUCAAAAGGUACAAAUGCUGCAUCAAGCACUAUUAAAAAUGGAGGACCUUUUCCACGAGCUUGUCCAAAGUGCAAUAUUCAUUUCAAUCUCAUGGAUCCUCUCAAAAAUCAUAUGAAGUAUUGUUGUCCAGAUAUGGUAAAUAACUUUGUCCUGGGAAUGGCCAAAACAGAAUGUUCAAGCACAACAAGCAAGACUGUUGAAUCUGAGAAAGGAAAAUUGAUUAUGUUAGUUAAUGACUUUUAUUAUGGGAAACAUGAAGGUGACACCCAGCAGGUACAACAGGAGCAGAAGACUCAUACGACAUUUAAAUGCUUCAGUUGUCUGAAAGUUCUUAAAAAUAACAUCAGGUUUAUGAACCACAUGAAACAUCACUUGGAGCUUGAGAAGCAGAGCAGUGAAAGUUGGGAAAGCCACACCACCUGCCAGCACUGUUACCGUCAAUUUCCCACCCCAUUCCAGCUGCAGUGCCACAUUGAAAGUACACACACGCCUUAUGAGUCAUCUACCAUUUGUAAAAUCUGUGAAUUAUCCUUUGAAACAGAGCAAGUUCUUUUGCAACAUAUGAAGGACAAUCAUAAGCCAGGUGAAAUGCCAUAUGUUUGCCAGGUAUGCAACUACAGAUCCUCAGCUUUUUCAGAUGUAGAAACACAUUUUAGAACAGUUCAUGAAAAUACAAAACAUUUGCUGUGCCCGUUUUGCCUCAAAGUAAUUAAAAUUGGAGCACCAUAUAUGCAUCAUUACAUGAGGCAUCAGAAAAAAGGAAUAUACCGUUGCACUAAGUGCAGACUGCAAUUUUUGACAUGCAAAGAAAAAAUGGAUCACAAAACUCAGCAUCACCGAACAUUUAGGAAGCCCAAACAGUUAGAAGGAUUGCCUCCUGGAACAAAGGUGACUAUUCGAGCAUCUGUUGGAUCUCUUCAAUCAGGAUCAUCCGCUACAUCUUCUGUUAGUACAAGCACUUCCACAUUUCAGUUAUCACCUAAAGCUAAAAAUACAACCACUAAAAAUCAUAACAAAUCUAAUAGAAAUAAGUCAAAAGGAAAAUCAAAACCAACUACAUCAAAGAAGCAAAAUGCAUGGACCAACAGCAAAAAAAAAAAAGUUACAAAUACAGCAUUGCAUAAUCUAAGGUGUCGUUUGGGAGCUCACAAGUGCAUUGAGUGUUACUCGGAAAUAAAAGAUUUUGCAAGCCAUUUUCCUGCUUAUGUCCACUGCAGCUUAUGCAGAUACAACACUAGCUGUAGCAAAGCCUAUGUGAAUCACAUGAUGAGUUUUCACAGUGCUCGUCCAAGUAAAAGAUUUUGGAUCUAUAAGAAGCAUUCAGAAGAACUACGAGGUGUGACUGUAGUAUGUCUUAACUGUGAUUUCCUGACUGAUGUUUCUGGCUUAGAUAACAUGGCCACACAUCUGAGUGAAAGCCACACUCAUACUUGUCAAGUUAUUAUAGAGAAAGUUUCUGUAGAUAUCCCAACUGCUGAACAAGUAUCUGAGUUAAAGACCGAAAUCUCCAUUAGAGAGAGAGAAGCUAAGUUGGAGAAAGUUUCAAGACCUAGUAUAUCUGAAGGAAAAACAGAAACACCAACUUUUCAAAGCAAACAAGAGUGUGACUCUACAGAUGAAACAAAAGAAUGCAAUAGAAAUCAAACUAAAAAAGUUGCAUCAGUUGAAAAGAAUGAAGAAAGCUCAUCAUUAUCAAAUAGAGACAAUGUUCCUAGUUUGGAACUCCCUGACAACAGCUCAAAGAAUUCUUUGCAUGAGAAAGGAGAAUGUUGUGAUUCAGAUAAUAACAAGCAAUUAGUAGAGGAGAAACAAAAAUGUAUUCUUGAUAAAAGUGAGUUGAAAACUUGCCAAAGUUCAGAUAACAUUAUCUUGAAUGAGCAGACUAAAGUAUAUAGCUUGGAUGAAACUACACUUUCAGCAAUGAACGCAAGGGACUUAAAACUAACAUUGGGUGAAGAUGUUAUUUUUGAGCAGUUCUUGAGAAAGAGAGAUGAACCUGAAUCUGUUAGUUCAGACAUUAGUGAACAAGGCAGUAUUCAUCUGGAGCCUUUGACUCCAUCAGAGGUACUAGAGCAUGAAGCUACUGAAAUUCUUCAAAAAGGUAAUGUUGCACCUUCAUCAAAGAAAGCUGGACAGCUCUCUGAACAAACAGAUGAGACUUCUAAAGAAGGCAGUCCCAACAGAAUGGAAACAACUGUAAAUAAGACAGGCGAAAAUGAAGCAAGCUGAAAUUAUGUUAAUUUUAUUGUUUAUUAGGAACAAUGAUAAGAACACCAUGGACCAUUCCUGAUGAGUGUGCUCAUUGAUGCCAAUUAUUAAAAGAAAAAAAGGGUAGGGGGAGAGGGAGGAGAGAGAGAUGCUAAAGGGACGUUCUGCAUAUGAAGAUAGCAUGUAUGUGUAUGUACAACUGAAUUAACUAAAUUUACAAAAGGUAAUGUUCAAAUGUAUCUUCCUGUCUUUUGGGUGUGAUAUAUCUUAUUAGAUUGACAUUUGAAAGGAGGAAUAAAUUCUAAUUUUUGUAGUUAACUAGCCUGGGAUAAGGUGAUUUGUUUGCCAAGAAAAUAUUUUUUUUAAAUCCUUCAGUGUGAAUAUCAUUUAACAGUGGAAUUCAGUAUUAAUUCACUUCUGAUGCUGAAAUGGAGCACACUUGUAGUGAUGGUUAUUGGUCUGCUGGUAAUUUGGGUAAACGUAACCCUUUGGACUUGGUGUCACAUUCCUGUCUGUAAAAGCAUGUAAACAGAAUGAUAUGAAUCUAUGCACCUCUGUACAGGUGUAAUCCUGCCAGGCUGUAAGCUUACCUUAAUAAACUUUCAGUGAAAGUGGAAUUAUUACAAUAAAAAUAUAUAUUUGUGGGGUUUUCAGUGUCCAGGCUGUGCAGAAAUACUGAACACAAUUGUAUAAAGUAGAACAUACUGCUGAAAGUACUGUAGCUGUUAGGCUUUUACCAUUGUUUUAAUAAUUCUUAGCCAUAGACCUGUAGGAAUGGUCUGUAAGUCACACCAAAGUAUGGUUUAAUGUAAAAACUGGUUUAAGCAAAAAGGAGGAAACCCCCAAACUGGAAACACAAACUGGCAUGCAUUCUGCCAUUUUGCAGCUGCUACUGGCUAACUGUUACAAAAAGGACACAAGGGCAUAUAAAGUAGAAUUGUACAGUUCAACUUCUGGACUUUUUGUAGUCUAAACUGUGUACAGAAAGAUGGCUGCUGGUUUUGGUUUGGUUUUUGGUUUGGUUUUUUUGUGUUCUAGUUAGCAGCUAGAUGUAGGGACACGUAUGAUUAAUGGUAGCUUGCUCUUAUGACUUCACUGCUCCAUUUGAAACAUUCAGAAUGUGCUUUUGACUUAGAGUUUUGUUUUUAAUGAAUGUUAUAUGUUUUGAACAGCUGUUAAAGCACUGCUGUAAAUUAUUACCUUUUGAGUAAAUAUUUGCAACAAAAUUUUGUCUUUGUGCAUAAUUUUAUGCUCAGCUUGAAACUUUGGGCAUAGUUUUCCCACAUUUUUAAAAAAGAUUUAGUGACGCUUCCCAAAAACUAUUUAAUUUUAAAAUUGUGAAUUAAUUUGAGACUUACGUGAGGUUUUUUGUUUGGCUGGGCUCUUUUUACUUUUUUCCUCUUAGUAUUAAAUGAGUAAGUGCCUACGCAUAAACAUAUUUUUUGUAGCUGUGUAUUGUGGUAAAAUGUGCUAACUUUUCCAGAUUAUAUAGAGAUAUUUUUCUGGGACAUCAGCAUGCAACUGAAGUCUCCUAGUGUCCUUCUAGGCUCAGCUGCUGAAGGAAUCUAAUCAGCAACAGUAUUAAAAUUUAGAGACCAUCCAGCUUAUUGCUGGAGCCUCUAAAGAAACCACAUCAGUCUCAACAUCUGAAAAAUUGCUUCGAACUCUGAAGAUUUGUAUGACUUGAAUUUUGAAUUAUGGCUUAGUUUUCAUCCAUGCAGGUUUAGAAGACUUUUAAACGAAAAGUGGAACAGUUUACAUACUUACAGCUCUUCAAGAUCUGCCACUUUAAGAACUUGAAAUAACAAGGCACACGAAAAAGCUGAGAGCAAUAAUUUGCAGUAUUCUUUUGUUCUUUAAAGGUUUUAAGUGAGAUUGUUAACUCAAGUUAUGAUUAACCAGUCUGAUGUCUUCAUGCAUGUACACGUGGAAGAUGAUAAAAUACAGCAUCACAAUGGCAGUUUAAAGGACUUAAUGAACUAUGAAACUGGAUGUGUAUGUUACUGAAGGAGUUCCUGAAUACAUCUGCAUUUAAACCCAGAGAAAUCCCUGCAGUAUUUUUAAUCUCACUGAUGAUCUUCCAUGCAAAUUAUAUAUUUUGAAUAACACUCCUAUAUGUGGUGUUGGAAAAGAUUAAGUUCAACUGGAACCAGUUGUAUGAUACUUACUUGUAAAUUCCUUACAUUUGUCUUUUAUUAUGCAAUUAAAAUUUUUAAACAUUUACCAUUUAAAUAAUAAGAAUUUGGAAGAAUUUGGCCACAUACUGUUGAGAAAAGUUGGAAAAUAAAACAGAUUAAAAAAUCGCACAUUUGGCAGGUGUGUGUAUAUAUAUUGUCAGAUGCUUAAUAUGUAAAGCAUUGUUUGCUCUAAAGCAUGUAGAGAAUGCUUAUACAAAAGGUAAUGUUAGGUAUAAACCAUCUAAAUAUCUAGUAGCACUUCCAAAGGAAGAAGUGAGAGAGAAUUAGAUUGUUCUAGCAGGACCAUCAGAUAACCUUACUUGCCUAUUUAAAGCUAUCACGAAAACAAUGACAUGGUAUUUUUGUGAAGGAGAAAAACAAAUUCAAUACACUUUUUCCUAUAUGAAGUGGUUCACUUGCCUUCUAAACACUGUAGGAGACUGCAUAAUUAUGAAGAUUAAUCUCUUAUGUUAUUUGGGAGGUUUUCUAGAGAUAAGUUGAACUAGUACUUUUGGCUGAAGUCACUCCAGAGAUCAAGUUAGGUUGAAUUCAUUAUGAGUUAUUUGAAUAUAACUGCACAUAAUGCAGGGUUUUUCUUUGUUUCUGAGUCAUUUAAAAGUUGGGUUGGUGGUUUUUUUUCCCAUACAGCUGUCAGUAUUUCUUAUUCUGUGUCACCUCUCUUUUUGUACUUAGAAGAUAUUUUACCUCAAGUUUUCAUUGCCUUACCAAAAACCAGCAACUCGAAGUUAAUUCUUGUUAUCUAUAUGAGAAUCACCAUCUCCCCUCAGCUCAAGAGAUCUAUCAUAUUUGCUUGAAUAAUAAUUUCAGAUUGUUUAUAUAAUGUUUAUUUUUAAGGAAAUCAAAUGCUAUGCAUAUGUUAUCUUUAUUAUUUGGAUUUAAUGGAAAACUGUUAUUAUUAGCUUAUGGUCAGUGAGUGUUUAGUCACUUGGAAUUUCCUCAAGUGCAGCCAACAUUGCAGUUUGCCUUGUGCAGUUUGGGAAAGAAACUGAACCUGCGGUUCAGUUUAACAGAAUGGAUGAGUAAACCCAGGGAAAAAAAUCAGAUCAAAUCAUAGCACAUACUGAGUUCUAAGUAUCGGGUGAUGUAUUUUAAACACAAACUUUUUAAUAACAAAACCAUGUCCACUUUUUUCCCUGGAAAUGAGGGGAGAAUGAGAAGAACCCUUAGCCAUAGGUGUUAAAUAGUGUUCUGUGGUGUUUUACUGCUAGAAGGCAUUAGUAAUUGAAGGUUGGGGUAAGGAAUCUUGAAUAACCCUUGGUAUUCUGCAAAACCUUAAAUAAAAGAUCUUGGCGCUUUUCUGCAGGCGCUAAGCAUUGUUAUUUAUAUGCUGGCAUGUAGAAAGCAGUUACUUUUUUUAAUGCUGUAGAAUACACUAAUAUUCUACCAAAGACUGUGGCUGUAGGCUGUCACAGUAGUGUUUUGUUAGAGACUGUUUAGAAAUUUUUGUCUAGGCCAAAUCUUACACCUGAUUGUUCUCUUUUUGUUUUCAUUGGUGUUUGAUUUUUUUUGAGGCUUGUAAGCUUAUUUUGUCUAGUUGCAUCCUGUAUUUUUUUGAUGUAUGCUUAAUAUGCCUCUAAUAAAAAAAAUUGGUAUGUUUUAUGA